AUGAUCAAACUAAUCUUGUUUUACUUGAUCGUCUUCAACCACCAGCAGAUAAACCAUUGUGCACAAAUGAUGAGAAUUCAGUGCUCACUAUUAAUUUGGUCGAGUUUAUCGAACCAACAUUCUAAAUGGCAUGGAACAAUUCCAAAUGGGGCUCCAAAAACAUAUGAUGUGGUGGCUUGUUUUGAUUACUACUGCAAAUCAUGGAGACCAUUAGUAUCAAACUGUAAAUAUAGUCAAAAUAAAUCGAACGAAAUAGAACAGGUGUGCAAUAUUCAUCUUCUGAACGUUCCUCUGAUUCGAACAGUUCAAUUUCGAUUCCGUGAAAAUUAUGGAGACACCAAAAUGACUUGUGUUAAUUUGCUUUAUCACAACAGCUACUCCACAUACUUUUUGAGGAAAAAGAGCUGUACUGUUCUCUACGAAAAUGAUCGCUGUUCCGAGUGUCCCGAAUGUUGUCAGGAAUGUUUGAUAUCUGAUUAUAACGGAGAAACUCUUUUAUUCAUUUUUUCUUCCGCAAUAUUAAUAUUUAUGAUCUUUGGUGUGUUUGCUAUUCUUAUGUCUGUCGCUUAA